AUGCAGCCACUCAGAGAGGAAGCAGUCAUUGAAACAUCCUACACCAAACUGCACUAUCUGGGAAAACUCCGAAACAAGCAAAAGCCUUUACGCUACAUGCAAAAGGAUGGAAGGUUCCCUGUGGACUUCCAAACUUCACUCAAGGGCUGGUGUCCAUAUCUCACAGACAUUUUCACCACUUUGGUUGAGUGUCGCUGGAGGGGGAUGUUCCUUAUGUUUUCCUUGUCCUACAUCCUCUCUUGGCUGUUCUUCGGGCUCUGCUAUUGGCUCAUUGCUCAUGUGAAUGGAGAUGCCACCAAAGGAGAUGACGAUCUGUGUGUGUACAAUGUCCGAGGAUUCACUUCUGCCUUUUUGUUCUCAAUGGAGACCCAGGCCACAAUCGGCUACGGCUUUAGAGGUAUGUCUGAAAACUGUAUAGUGGCUAUUAUAGUGGUCACAAUACAGGAUGUUUUCAGCUGCCUUUUGGAUACCAUCAUCAUUGGUAUCAUCGUUGCAAAAAUGGCUUCAGCACGCAAGAGGGCUCAGACUGUACGUUUCAGCAGCUGUGCAGUGGUCAACUUAAGAAAUGGGGUGUUUUGUCUGUCAUGGCGGCUUGGAGACUUCAGAGGAAAUCACAUAGUGGACGGAGUUGUUAAAGCACAGUUGGUCCGCCAUGUUAAACAACCAAUGGCGGGCUCAUUGAGGAUGGUGUACCAGAACAUUGAAGUAGAGGAAAAAGAGGUGGUUCUGGUUACUCCUGCUACAAUCAUUCACAAAAUUGAUCAUAACAGUCCACUUUAUAGUUUGAGGAAAGAUGAUCUCCAUGAGGAAGCCUUUGAAAUAGUGGUUUGUUUCACGUACACAGGCGACUCCACUGGUAUGCUCCAUCAAACAAGGACGUCCUACACACCUUCAGACAUCCGCUGGGGACAGAGGUUCCAGGAAAUGCUCAAACUAGGAAAAAAGCAUUACAAUGUGGACUACGCACGGUUCAAUGAGACAACAUGGGUCCCAGUACCCAUGAUCAGCGCAGAGGAGUAUGACAGAGGAAGGCCUUCACUGAACAACAACCAAUCACGGCAGCAACUAAAAGCAAUGACAAGUUCAACCAGUCCUGAUAUUAUUGAAGAAGUUGUGCAGCAGACCUUUUUGUAG